GCAUCCGCCCUUGAAAAGCGUGCCGUUUCGAAUUCUCGUACUGCCUCUGCUUCUCUUCCUCGACCGAAAGUCCGUCGCCUUGCUCGUUCUUGCAGAGUGCGUCCUGUUCCUUCUUUCCCCUUCGUUGUGGUCAGCUUUCUCGGCGUGACAGACGUCAUCCGCUCGCUACCGCUGCAGAUUACCUCAUCCUCCGGCAUCCUCCUGCGACGCUCCGCUGCCGAACCUUCAGCCUGGGGCCAGCCACCGUGUGACUUGAGCCGCUUCAGUCCCAUUCCUGAGGCCCCGAGCGUUCUGAAUCCAACGACUCCUCGCUGCCAAUCGCUACAGCGAUCGAAAGCUCGCCAAACUAGAGAAAGAAAGAAAAUGAGGGCUUCAAAGAGCAUCCUUCUCUCCGUCAUCUCUCUUCCACUCGUCCUUUCCGACCCCGUCGUUACAUCGAAUGUCGCCCCCACCAACGUCGACUUCGACUUUCAAGAGCUGCUGGCUGUCCUGCCCGCCGAGUCUCUGCAUGCUGCCCUCCACAAGCAUGUCGACGACAAGUUUCAAGACGGCGUCUAUGAACACGAGCGUAUAGCCGUGGAGAAGGUGCACAGCGACGACCCGGUUAUGGCCACAAAAGUACUGGCAGAGGCCGCGCUGCAUCUGCUGAAGAGACAAAGCAGCAACGACAACAGCACUAGCACCACUUCUGAAAGUGGUGGAGGUGGGGCCACAACGAUAACGACUGACACCACGGAGACUACUACCACGACGCAGAGCGACGUGGUCGUGCCAAUCGACGUCUCCACCACGGGCAGCGGAGGACAGCCAACCACGCUUACCACGUCCGUGGUAGCAUCACCCACAGUCAGCGUUGAGCAGGCCGUUACCACGACGAACUCACAGGGUCAGCAGGUGGUUGAGACGACGACUGUACCUGCUGCUGUUGUCACUCAAGAUGGCGUUGUGACUACCUCGCCUGUUUCAGUCUUCACCCCGUCAACUGUUACGGAUGCGACGAAGCCAGUUGACGUGACGGCCACCGUGGCAAAUGGAGAUACGAUUGUCCUGUCCAGUGUGACGCCAGGCAAAGUCAUCACAGCCACGGACAAGACCGGCGGAGUCUUUGUGACUACAUACACGCCGCCCGGCGGCACAGUUUCCAGCCUUGUUCUGAAGACAACUGUUCUUCCUAACGGCCAGAAGACAACCAUCACCUCUUUUGCUGCUGUGGCUGCGGACACUUCAGCUCCGUCUAGCACGGGCGGUCCGAAACUACAAAGCGGCGUCGACAGUCUUCAAGGUCGAAGCCUGGCCAUCGAGGCCAUCGUGCUGUUGUGUGCGGCGUUCGGUGCGAGCCUCCUGCUCUGAUGCCACGUCGACUUACGAGUUUUCUAUUUUGGAACAUGUACAAGAUCUGCAUUUUGUUUUUGGUCCUGGACGGUUGACCUUGGGCGUUGGUAGGAACCAUUAGGCUUGAACAUAUUCCCCGACGAGCAACAAUUUGGGAUGGAAGCAUUUAUCAGCGAAUUUUCUUUUCCAAAAUAAAAGAGCAUAUGGAUUGGGAUUUCACGGGAAAUUACAGGAAUCACGGAAAACGUCGACGGUCCUUCAAAAAGAACUAGACAUGAUACCCACGCUCAUUACGCAGCCGCUGUUGUAGGCUAUGACACUCUCCUUUAGACUGGCAUCUUUCCUGGCGGGUGAUGUGCUUUCGACUUUUGUGUGUAAUGCAGAGUCAUGAAACAGUCCACUAUUACGAA